UCACUGCUUCAAAGUUAAAAGCGAACGAAAGCGAAAAAGCCAGCUUCUACUCAAAUUUAAUUUCCAUCUCUUCUUCUAAUCAUCAUUUUCAGGGGACAAAAAAAAAAUUCAAAGAUCCAUCACCUUAAUUCUCUAGAAAUUUCCUGGGGUUUUCUCACACAACAAUACAACAUACUCUCUCUCCUCUUAAUCUGGAGAUUUUUUAGCAAUUUGCAUAGUGGAUGCGGAUGCCUUCUGUGUUUUGUCAGUGGUACCUUUACCGCUUUCUUCUCUUGUCACUGGUUCUAUUCUUGGUACUUAGUGGUGUUUGUGGCUGGUAUGUAGGCGGGGAUAAUGGUUUUGAAUUUUCAUUAAGCGAUAAUGCUGUGCCAAUUCUGGGUAACAGCUCAGGAGAAAAUAUUAGUGGAUAUGAAGAUACCUCAAAUUUUAUGUCCUUAUCAGUCAAUUUGGUAUCUUGUGAGGACCUUGAAGGUGUUGGAUCCUUCAAUACUACUUGCGUGGUUAAUUCACAUGUACAUCUGAAUUCAAGUAUUUAUGCUUUUGGUACGGGAAACCUCGAGAUACUUCCUCAUGUUUCAAUUGUAUGUCCCAUUGAAGGGUGUUCCAUAACCUUUAAUGUAUCUGGGAAUGUGAAAGUGGGACCUAAUGCUGCUGUUAUGGCUGGUUCAGUUGUUAUUUCUGCCCAUAGCUUGAGCUUUGGACAGAAUUCUUCAGUAAAUACUACAGCCCUUGGCGGUAGACCACCUCCUCAAACUAGUGGCACUCCCUUUGGCUAUGAAGGAGCCGGUGGAGGACAUGGAGGCCGGGGAGCUUCUUGCUUGAGAAAUGAGCAAAGAGAUGCUUGGGGUGGAGAUGUUUACUCAUGGUCCAAUGUAUCUAGACCAUGGAGCUACGGGAGCAAGGGAAGUGGUAAAUCUACUCAUAAACCCUUUGGAGGUAUGGGUGGGGGACGUGUAAAACUCAUAGCAAGAGAUGAGUUGUACUUGAAUGGGUCUGUAACUGCCGAAGGUGGUGAUGGAGGAGUGAGUGGUGGUGGAGGUUCUGGAGGGAGCAUUAUCAUAAAUUCUUAUAAGCUGAAAGGUAUUGGUACUAUCAGCGCAGCAGGUGGAAGAGGAUGGGGAGGAGGAGGUGGUGGAAGAAUAUCACUUCAUUGCUACAGCGUACAAGAUGUCGAAAUAACUGUGCAUGGUGGUUUAAGUAUUGGAUGUCCAGAGAAUGCUGGAGCAGCAGGAACUUAUUUUGAUGCUACUCUUCUCAGUUUAAGAGUUGGCAAUGAUAAUAUAAGCACAGAAACUGAAACUCCUCUGCUGGACUUCUCUACCAGCCCAUUAUGGUCCAAAGUCUUUGUAGAAAACAGCGCAAAGGCUUUGGUUCCACUCCUGUGGACCAGAGUUCAGCUGAGAGGCCAAAUAAGUGUGCUUAGCAGGAGUAGUAUCAACUUUGGGUUGAAGGAGCACCCUAUCUCAGAGUUUGAGCUUGUUGCAGAAGAACUACUUAUGAGUGACUCCAAUAUUCAGGUCUAUGGUGCUUUGCGAGUGAUUGUCAAAAUGUUACUAAUGUGGAACUCUGAGAUCCAAAUUGAUGGAGGCAAAGCUGUUGUCACAACUUCUGUCCUUGAAGUUAGAAAUCUUGCUGUCUUGAGGGAACACUCGGUUAUUAGUUCCAAUACGAAUUUAGCACUAUAUGGUCAAGGACUGCUGAAGUUGACUGGUGAUGGUGACGUAAUUAGAAGCCAGAGGCUGCUGUUGUCACAGUUUUAUAACAUCACUCUUGGACGCGGUUCAUUGCUUCAGGCACCAUUGGACAAUAAUGCUAGUAAAACCAUGGUAACAAAAUCUCUUUGUGAGAACCAGACAUGUCCAAUGGAUUUGAUAAGUCCACCAGAUGACUGUCAUAUUAACAGUACCACUUCCUUCUCACUCCAAAUAUGUCGUGUUGAAGACAUUCUUGUUGGUGGUCUUGUCAAAGGAAGUAUAAUUCACUUUCAUAGAGCGAGGACCAUUGUUGUGAGUGCUGACGGAAUGCUAACUGCUUCAGAACUGGGUUGUCGAAGAGGUAUUGGUAUGGGGAGAUUCUCAAAUGGGGUAGGUAGUGGUGCUGGGCAUGGAGGCAAGGGAGGCCCCGGGAUGUUCAAUGGAACAAUAAGUGAAGGUGGUAGUAGCUAUGGCAAUGCUUGUCUUCCGUGUGAGCUAGGAAGUGGAUCUGAGGGUCCAAAUGAGUCGUAUGGACAUGUAGCUGGGGGUGGAAUGAUAGUGAUUGGAGCAAAACAAUGGCCAUUGUUCAGGCUUGAUUUGUAUGGAUCAUUGAGGGCUGAUGGUCAAGGUUACAGUCAAGAGAUGAAAAAUAGUGGUGCCACUUUGAUUGGCAGUCUUGGUGGGGGAUCUGGUGGCACAAUUCUUCUUUUUCUGCAAAAACUCAUACUUGCAGAGCAAUCCAACUUAUCUGCUGCUGGUGGAAAGGGUGGUCCUCUUGGUGGUGGUGGCGGUGGUGGUGGAAGAAUUCAUUUCCAUUGGUCUGACAUUAAUACAGGAGAUGAAUAUGUACCUAUUGCUGUCAUAAAUGGCACCAUCUACAAUCGAGGAGGUGCAGGGAAUAGCUCAGCCUACUAUGGAGAAGAGGGCACAAUCACUGGCAAAGAUUGCCCUAAAGGACUUUAUGGUACAUUUUGCAGUGAGUGCCCUAUCGGAACUUUUAAGGAUAUAGAUGGCUCUGAUGAACACUUUUGUGCUCCUUGCCCUCAAGAAUUACUUCCCCACCGAGCAGAAUUCAUAUAUGUACGAGGUGGCGUAAGUCAACCAUCUUGUCCAUACAAAUGUAUUUCUGACAAAUACAGGAUGCCCCACUGCUUUACACCACUGGAGGAGCUAAUGUAUCCAUUUGGAGGGCCUUGGCCAUUUUCCCUUCUCCUUCUAUGUUGUUUGGUAGCCCUGGGUUUAUUGUUAAACUUGCUCCGUAUAAAAAUGGUUGGAUCAAGCUCUGUGUGUCAUGGUACAUACUCAUUUGAGCAGCACCAAUUUGAUUGUCAAUAUCCCCAUCUUCUCUCUCUGUCAGAGGUUAAGGGACCCAGCCGAACUGAAGAAACUCAAAGCCAUAUCUACAGGAUGUACUUCAUGGGUCCAAACACCUUCAGGGAGCCCUGGCACCUUCCAUAUACUCCUCCAGAUGAAAUUGUGGAGAUUGUGUACGAAGAUGCCUUUAACAGAUUCAUUGAUGAGAUAAAUUCUAUUGCUGCAUAUGAUUGGUGGGAAGGCUCUGUGCAUAGCAUUCUUAUAGUGCUUGCUUAUCCUUGCGCUUGGUCAUGGAAGCAAUGGCGUCGGAGGAUUAAAAUCCAACGUCUUCAGGAAUAUGUCAAAUCCGAAUAUGAUCACUCAUGCCUACGCUCUUGCCGAGCCCGGGCUUUGUACAAAGGAAUGAAGGUUGGAGGAACACCUGAUUUAAUGGUUGCAUAUAUUGAUUUCUUUCUCGGUGGUGAUGAAAAGCGUGUAGACAUUGCAUCAAUCAUACAAAAAAGAUUUCCCUUGUGCAUAAUUUUUGGUGGGGAUGGCAGUUAUAUGUCUCCUUAUAGUCUUCAUAGUGAUGCACUGCUGACCAAUCUCAUUGCUCAGCAUGUCCCAACUUCCGUCUGGAGUCAUUUGGUGGCUGGUCUAAAUGCUCAGUUAAGAACAGUGCGGCAUGGAUUCAUGCGCUCAACACUUGUUCCUCUAAUAUAUUGGAUCAAUAGCCAUGCAAAUCCCCAGUUGGAGUUUCAUGGGGUGAGGAUUGAUCUUGGUUGGUUUCAUGCCACAUCUUCUGGCUAUAAUCAACUGGGUAUGUGGGUAGUGGUUGAUGAUUGUACUGUUCAUAACAACCCUCAACCUGUUUCACUGAACAUAAAUCCUGAUGAGUCUCCUAGGAGAAAUGGUAGAACACUGGAAACGCGGUACAGGCAGCUACAGCAAUCACAAAGCUACACAAGCCAGGUGUUAUCUCGUAGGAGGACUAGUGGGCUAAUUAAUGGAGCUCUUAUUAAUGAUGCUACAUUGAAAUCUCUGGAAUUCAGAAGAGACAUUUUCUUUAUAUUUUCUCUGUUCCUGCGCAACACAAGGCCUGUUAGCUGUCAGGAUACUGUGCAGCUGCUCAUCUUGAUCAUCAUUUUGGCUGAUCUUUCUGUCACUUGCCUUAUGCUAGUUCAGUUUUACUGGAUUUCUCUUGGGGCUUUUCUGGCUGUCUUGCUUAUUCUUCCUUUAUCUCUGCUGUCCCCCUUUCCUGCGGGCUUGAAUGCAGUAUUCAGCAAAGGGCAUAGAAGGGCUUCACUUGCUCGGAUGUAUGCGUUGUGGAACGCCACAUCUCUCUCAAGCAUUGCUGUGGCUUUUAUAUCGGGCAUAUUUUACUAUACAAUUCAUUCUGUCCUGGCGUCCGAAAAGGAAUAUGCUAGAAAUGCUAAAAGUUUUGGUAGCAGGGACGAUGAUGCAUGGUGGCUUUUGCCUUCAAUCCUGCUGCUACUGAAGUGUAUUCAGGCUCGUUUCGUGGAUUGGCACUUGGCAAACUUGGAAAUUUCCGAUUCUUCUUUAUUAACCCCAGACCCAGAUGCCUUCUGGGCCCACGAAUCGUAGUUUGCAGUUGCAACAACUUAAAGAGCGAGACUUUCCAGGCAUGACGUGCUCUUGUAAAUAUGUUCUAGAUGUACAGUACUAGUAGUUCUGCAGAGUUGUGUAGUUUUUAAUCUGCAGCUAUAAUGAUGAAGUGAUGCAAAAGAUGGAUUGACAGCAAUUUUCAAGGUGCAUCAGUGCGUCAGGUUUCUUGUUUGUGCUUCAGUAGGCCAGUAUAUGAGUUUUAGUAGAGUUAAGGCUUACCUUACCGUUCUCCACAUAAAAAAGAGGUGUAAUGACAUUCUUAUGCUUACUAGCUCUACCCUAGCUCACAAAACAAAGAGUAAUUAUGUCAAUAUACCUCUUCUUAUGCGCAGAACAAUUAGGUGGAAAACUUUUACUGUAAGUAUAGCACUGUCUGUACAUUUAAAGAAAGAGUUCUGCGAGUUGGAAAAGAGCAGCUAGCUAGCCCUGCACACUAUCCCGAUAGUUUUGAUAGGAAGAAAUUUGUUUGGUAGCAAUAUUUGGUCUGCAGCAAAAAGGUACUGAGGAAGGACUCAAUGAAGAUUUGUAGCAAAAUAACUAUUACUAGUAAGAAAAUUUUAUCAUUGUUUUGCUCUUGCUCUGA